UUCUUCUCUCAUCAUCAUAAUCACCUUCAAAGAUCCAAUUCAAAAGAUCUCUCUCUGUAUGAUUGAUUGAUUAUCCAUCCAUGGCUCAAUCUUUCAGUCCAAAUAUUCCCAGAUCAAAAUCUCCAUUCUACACCUUUUCUCUAAUCAUCAUCAUCUUCUGCAUUAUACUCUUCUACACCCUUCACUACCGCAAUAAUUCACUCAUUUCAAAUAAAACUUCCCAAAAUGCUAAUCUCUUCAGAAAUACAUUCAUCUCUUCCGCCGACAACUCAACCAUCUCCGACUAUCUCCGUACUCUAACUCUCCAUCCUCACCUCGCCGGAACUCCACCCGCCGACAAGACAAUCGCCUACGUCCUAAACCACUUCCGUAACUCGGGUUUCGAGACCCACGUCAAGGAAUACAAUGUCCUCCUUUCAUACCCAAUACACACCUCUUUAUCCCUGCAUUUCAGCAACGGCGCCGUCAAGGAAAUACCCAUCACUGAGAUUGGUAUCGAUCAAGAUUCCAUUGUUACGCCUUACCACGCCUAUUCCCCUUCUGGGUCGGCUUACGGUAGAGCGGUAUUUGUAAAUCACGGCGAAGAGAAUGAUUACGCCGUACUCGAGUCGCAGGGGAUGAAACUCGCCGGCUGUGUAGCGUUGGUCAGACGAGGUGGGUUAUCUAGGAAUGCGGUGGUGGAAAAAGCGGCGGAGAAAGGGUUGGCGGCGGUGCUAAUGUACACUGAGACUGAAGGGUUUAAUAACGGCGUUGAGAGAGGGACGGUGUUGAAGGGUUUGGGGGACCCAUUGACACCUGGUUGGGCAGGGAUUGAUGGUGGAGAGAAAUUAAAGUUAGAUGAUGAAGAAGUAGUGAAGAGGUUUCCGACAAUACCUUCUAUACCCAUAUCGGCGGACGCGGCGGGGACCAUUUUGAGGUCAUUAGAAGGGGCCCGGUUACCUUAUCAUUGGAAGGAGACCCUAAAGUCCAAGGUUGGUAGGGUUGGUCCUGGUCCUAUUAUGAUCAACUUCACUUAUCAGGGAGAAAAGAAGAUGUCAACAAUCAGCAAUGUUUUUGCAGUCAUAAGAGGAUACGAAGAGCCUGAUCGUUUUGUAUUGCUUGGUAAUCACAGAGAUGCAUGGACUUACGGUGCAGUUGAUCCCAACAGUGGAACUGCUGCACUUCUUGACAUUGCUCGUCGAUACUCUCUUCUUGUGCGCAAGGGUUGGAGUCCUCGAAGAACGAUUGUCCUGUGCAGUUGGGACGCCGAAGAGUUUGGGAUGGUAGGAUCUACUGAAUGGGUUGAAGAUAACCUAAUAAAUUUGGGUUCGAAAGCUGUGGCCUAUAUAAAUGUUGAUUGUGCAGUUCAAGGUCCUGGAUUCAUUGCUAGCGCAACUCCUCAGUUAGAUGAUCUCCUAAUUGAGGUGACAAAAAAGGUCAAAGAUCCUGAUUCCAGUGAUAUGACAUUGUAUGAGAAGUGGGUGGCUAAUAACAAGGGUAUAAAGAUUCAAAGACUCACAGGUGCAGAUUCAGAUUUUGCUCCAUUUUUACAACAUGCAGGAAUUCCUUCUAUUGACAUGUACUAUGGUGAAGAUUUCCCUGUCUAUCACACUGCUUUUGAUUCCUAUGCUUGGAUAACUAAGUACGCAGACCCAUAUUUUCAGCGACAUGUUGCUGUCACUGGAGUCUGGGGACUUCUUGGUCUUCAUUUUGCUGAUGAAUUAAUUUUGCCUUUCAACUAUCUUUCAUAUGCUGCUCAAUUGCAGGAGUAUGUAAAGGUCUUGGGCACUGCCUUGGACAACAUUGCAUCUAUCUCUUUACAUCCCUUAGUUACUUCCAUCGAAGAACUUGUCGAGGCAGCUAAAAAAGCGGAGGAUGAGAAAAAGGAGCUGAGCUCAGAGAAGGCUGGGGAUUAUCAUUUUGCACUGAAGAGGCGCAUACUAAAUGACCGGCUGAUGUUUGCUGAAAGAGGCUUCUUGGAUCCACAAGGUCUUAAAGGAAAAGAAUGGUUUAAACAUCUAAUUUAUGGACCUCCAUCAUGUGAUUAUGGAUGCAAAGAGGCUGUCUUUCCAGGUAUCAGUGAAGCUGCCUCUCGGAUGACAAGAACGAAAGAGACGGAAACAGUCCAGCAUGAGAUAUGGAGAGUAGCCAGAGCAAUUCAAAGGGCUGUUUAUGUAUUGAGAGGUGAUUUAACUUGAACAAGUUAUACUAAUAAUAAUUUUAGUCUAAAGUCUAAUAAACUAUUCCCAAUCUCUGUAAUAAUGUGUCAUGAUUAAGUUUGUCUCUUUUAUUCUGUUUUUAUUUCUUUAGAGGGAUAAAUCGGUAAACAAAAUUUUAUUGAUAUUGCGGAAAUAUGUACAUAAACGCUUAACUCUAAUAGGUGAAAAAACUUCCAAAGGACUUAGAUAAUACAAUAUUACAAUGUAUUCCUUAGUAUAAAUUAGGAUUUAAA